UGAUCAAACUUCUGAAAUCCAAUUGGUCAAAGCACCUGUCUUUCAAGGCGAAUUCUAGUCACGUGAUUAAUGCAAUAUGGCGGCUGUUGUGGAGUGUGGAGGAGACACGAAUACUAAAGAAAAGCACAUGUCGUUAAAGAAAGCUCUUUCUGUGGCAUCUCCUCUCACUCUGAGAAUAGUCGCAGAAUGUUCUGUGACGAAGGCACGGGCGUGUGAUCUAAUCCUACCACACGGUGGCGUCAUCACGCCAGUUUUCAUGCCUGUUGGCACUCAAGGGACCAUGAAGGGAAUCACUUCGGAUCAGCUGGAGGGCUUGGGGUGCCAGAUCUGUCUUGGGAACACUUAUCACUUAGGCAUGAGGCCGGGACCUGAGUUGAUUUCAAAAGCCAAUGGUUUGCAUGGGUUCAUGAAGUGGAAGAGGAAUCUUCUAACGGACAGUGGUGGGUUUCAGAUGGUGUCUCUUGUUGAACUCUCAGAGGUCACUGAGGAAGGGGUCAAGUUCAAGUCACCCUAUGAUGGCAAAGAGAUUCUCCUCAGUCCAGAGGAAUCUAUCAGCAUUCAGAACUGUCUAGGGUCAGACAUCAUGAUGCAGCUGGAUGAUGUGGUCAGCAGCACAGUGACAGGACCUCGGGUUGAGGAGGCCAUGCACAGAUCCAUCCGCUGGCUGGACCGCUGCAUAGCAGCCAAUCAAAAUCCAGACAAGCAGAACCUUUUUGCCAUCAUACAGGGAGGUUUGAAUGCAGAACUGCGCAAGACUUGUCUGGAUGAAAUGACAAAGCGUGAUGUCCCUGGUUUUGCCAUUGGAGGCCUGAGUGGAGGAGAGGAGAAGGACGACUUCUGGCAGAUGGUUACCUUGAGCACUGACCACUUACCGCGAGAAAAACCUCGAUAUCUGAUGGGUGUAGGGUAUGCCGUUGAUUUGGUAGUGUGUGUUGCUCUAGGAUGUGAUAUGUUUGACUGUGUCUUCCCCACCCGCACUGCAAGGUUUGGCUCAGCUUUGGUGCCUUGGGGAUCACUCCAAUUAAGACAAAAGCAGUUUGCCAAAGACUUCCAGCCCAUAGACCCAAACUGCCAUUGUCCCACUUGCAAAACACAUAGUCGAGCGUACCUGCAUGCUUUAUUCAGGAAUGACACUGCAGCCAUGCACCACGUCACCAUCCAUAACAUUUUUUAUCAGCUGACCCUGAUGCACUCAGUGAGACAGAGCAUCAUUGAAGACCGCUUCCCUGAGUUUGUACGGACAUUCAUGAAGCGCAUGUUUCCGUCUCCUGACCAGUACCCCGGCUGGGCUGUGGACGCCCUGGCCUCCGUCAAUGUCACACUGGACUGAAAAUUGUUUUCUACUCAGUGGAUCAAAAUGUCAGAUUUUAGCUAUUUCUUUUUUAUUUUAAUCACAUUUUUAUGGAUUAAUAUUUUAUAUGAGAUACUGUUUAUGCUUUCAUCAGAUGCUGUGUCUGGCAGGGGAGAAAAUAGGUUUUUUGUCUGAAGGAUAAAGAAAGUCUAAUUGUCUUCUGAGACCUUCUUUACUCAGCCUGUCAAAUGUCUCCAGAGCUCACAUUAUGACAGUGUGAGACUAAAUCAGUUUUGAAACAUGUGAAAUACCUUCAGAUAUGCUCAGACAGUUUUUUGUGGUUACCAUGGCUACAGACAUAACCCACCCUCUUGAAAUGAAUUUUAUUGGCUGAAGGUUGAACUCAUUUUGUUUUUUCCACUUUGCGGUUGUGUAUAUAAACAGAGGAAAGUUUCCUGAAAAACACAAAUAAAUGCUUGCAUAAGGUGUUUUGUUUGUUUUU